AAAGAAACAUUUAAAAUGUUUUCCCUAUUUGUGACUACAUGUAUGUACUUAUUCAUUACGCAUAUUGCAUGAAUUAAUUUAUGAUGUAACAAAUUUUCUCAGGAAAAAUCCUAUGCAUUCUGUAUGUUGUAUAUUUACGAUAUUGGAAAGGCCGGUAGGAUUGGCCUUCUAACACGCAAGUUGGUGGGGAUAUAUCUAUAAUGAAACGUUCCAUCCUUUACCAGUCUCGUUAAUAUUGCUGUUGCAGCUUGUUGGAAAGGUGUCGCUAAAAAUGAAGUAUUUGAUACCAGGAAUUCUUCUUUGUGUCAUCAGUUUUUCGUUAGGCGAUGUAGAAUCAGAAUUUAAGAAGGCGAAAAUCGAGCCCGACAUUAUAGAAAAAGCACCAAUCGAAAAGAUUGAGGUAAAAUAUGGCAAGAAGACAGUCGAUUUGGGAACUGAACUGACACCGACUGAAACUCACGAGAUACCAGAAAUACACUAUAAACACGAAGGCGGAGUUCUAUACACGCUAGUUUUGACGGAUCCUGAUGCACCGAGAAGAGGAGGAUACAAUCGGGAGUUUCGUCACUGGCUAGUGGGAAAUAUACCGGAAGAGAACGUAGCUAAGGGCGAAGUUCUGGCGGAGUACGUCGGUCCUGCACCGCCGAAAAACACCGGAAAACAUCGCUAUGUGUUUCUCAUUUAUAAACAAAAUCAGGGCGCAAUUACCUUCGAUGAAAGAAGAUUGAGCACUUGGGAUGGAAGUCAGCGGAAAAGAUUUUCCAUAAAGAAGUUUGCGGACAAAUAUAAUUUGGAGGGUCCGAUCGCUGGUAAUUUUAUGGUAGCAGAGUACGACGAUAAUGUACCUGCUUAUCAUAAGCACUUGAAUCUUUAAUUAACCGGUGUAUACGCAUGAAAUCCUUUUAGAUCUAUAUAUAUAUAUAUAUAUUCUAAUAGAAUUAUAUUAUACGAAGAAUAUUGCGAAUCUGUGCCAUUAUUCAAUAUACAAGAAAAUUGUAAAUAAAAUUAUAACGGGCUAA